UCUGGUGGAGCUUCCAGCACUUUCUCAGCUCUCAGAAGAGGAAGUGAUGCGUCAAUCUCUCCACUGUGUGUCUCUCUGUCAUCCUGGAGUUCAUGUUUUCCUCCUCAUUAUUCCUGAUGCUCCAAUCACUGAUGAAGACAAAGCAGAAAUGGAGAAGAUCCAGAGAAUAUUCAGCUCAAGAAUCAACAAACACAUCAUGGUCCUCAUAAUGCAGAAUUCAGAACACACAACAGCAGAACUCAAUGAAGAAACAAAGUCUGUCAUUGAAAGUUAUGCAGGACGACAUCAUUUCUGUGGCCCCAACACACAAGUGUCCAUGUUGAUGGAGAAACUGGAGCAGAUGGUGGAAACCAAUAAUGGAGACUGUUUCUCCACAGAGACAUUUUGGGAUGCACAAAUGAAAAAACUGCUGAAAUUUGAGGAGAUGAGGAGGAAAAUCCACUCACUAGAGAUGCCGUUUCAAUCACAAGGUUCAAGAGAAAACACAGUUGAUGUGAGGAUUGUGCUGCUUGGAAAAACUGGAAUUGGAAAGAGUGCAACAGGAAACACCAUCUUAGGAAGAGAAGCAUUUAAAGCUGAAGCAUCUUCUGAAUCAGUGACCAGUGAAUGUCAGAGAGAUACAGCAGAAAUCAACGGCAGACACAUCACUGUGAUUGACACUCCAGGACUGUUUGAUACUGAACUCAGUCAUGAAGACAUCCAGAGAGAAAUCACUAACUGCAUCUCAAUGAUACUGCCAGGACCUCAUGUGUUCAUUAUUGUGUUGAAUUUAGGACAACGAUUCACUCAAGAUGAGGCGAAAUCAGUGAAGAUCAUUCAAGAGACAUUUGGUGAAAACUCUUUAAUGUACACAAUGAUACUCUUCACCAGAGGAGAUUAUCUGAAGAAUAAAACCAUUGAACAGUGGCUGGGAAAACCAGGAUCUGUGAUUAGAAACCUGAUUGAACAAUGUGGAAACAGAUUCCAUGUGUUCAAUAAUAAUGAGACUAGAGAUCGCACACAGGUUUCUGAACUACUGGAGAAAAUAGACGUCAUGGUGACAGCAAACGGAGACAGUUACUACUCAUGUAAGAUGUUCAGACAGAUGGAGAGAGAACGACAAGAAAAACAAAUGAACAUAAUGAUGGAGAGAGUCGAGACACUGAACAGAGAGAGAGAAGAACUCUUGACCAAACAUGAAGAAGAGAAAGAGAGAAUGAAGAAGAUGAUGGAGGAAGAGAGACAGAAUCAUGAGAAAGAGAAUAAGAGAAGAAAAGAGAAAUUUAGAGAGCGAGAAGAACAAUUAAAAAGAGAAAUGAAAGAAAAAGAGGAGCAAGAGAGAAAUAUGAGAAGAGAACGAGAGGAAUGGGAGAAACAGAAACAAGAGGAGAAACUGAGGAGAGAAGAAGAGGAGGAGAAAAAGAGAAAGAAAGAACAAGAAAUGUGGGAUGAAUAUAAUCAGAGAAUUAAACAACAGAGAGAUGAAAUACUGAAAGAAAAAGAGAGAAUAGAAAGAGAGAAAGAAGAUCUUCAGUCCAAAUAUGAAACAGAGAAAGAGAGAAUGAAGAAGAUGAUGGAGGAAGAAAGACAGAAUCAAGAGAAAGAGAGGAAGAGAAGAGAAGAGGAUUUUAUAGAGAGAGAAAUCAAAUACAGAACAGAAAUAAAAGAGAAAGAAGAACAAGAGAGAAAGAUGAGAGACAAGAUGAAACAAGAACGAGAGACACUUAAACAUGAAAUGAAAGAAAAAGAGAGAAUUGAAAGAGAGAAAGAAAAUCUUCAGAUGAAACAUGACACAGAGAUCAACAGAAUAAUGAUGACUUUAGAAAAUGAAAGAGAGAAUCUUCAGGAGAGAAAGAGGAGAGAAGAACAAUAUAAAACAGAAAUAAAAGAGAAAGAAGAGUGUGAGAGAGAGGUGAAAGAAGAGAUGAGAAGAGAACGAGAGGAAUGGGAGAAACAGAAACUGAAGAGAGAAGAAGAGUUUAAUGAGAGAGAAGAACGAUAUAAAACAGAAAUAAAAGAGAAAGAAGAGUGUGAGAGAGAGAUGAAAGAUGAGAUGAGAAGAGAACGAGAGGAGAAACUGAAGAGAGAAGAAGAGAUUAAUGAGAGAGAAGAACGAUAUAAAAGAGAAAUAAAAGAGAAAGAGGAGUGUGAAAGAGAGAUGAAAGAUGAGAUGAGAAGAGAACGAGAGACAAUUAAACAUGAAAUGGAGGAACUGAUGAGAGAAAAAGAGAAAGUAAAAACAGAAAAAGAAAAUCUUCAGAUCAAGUAUGACACAGAAAUAGACAAACUGAUGAACAGAAUAGAGAAUGAAAGAGAGAAUCAUGAGAAAGAGAUGAAGAAAAGAGAAGAGGAAUUUAGUAAGAGAGAAGAAAGCAUAAUUCAAAUAAAAGAAGAAGAGUUUGAGAGAAAACUGCAAGAGGAAACCGAGAAACAGGUGGAAAAUCUGAGAAGGGAAGAAGAAAAAGAAAAACAUAAACUUAAGGAUAUUGAAGAAAGCAUCAACAAAGAUUUUUCAAGAAGACAUCUCCAUUCUGCAAGAGAAGAUGUAUUAACAACCAAAACAGCAGUAGGAAAGAGACUCAAUGGAAACGAUCUCUUUCACAGACUUCAUCUUGAUCACAGUCACACUAAACUGAGAGCUGCUGAUGUUCUUCAGAUAACUGCAGGUUCAUUACAGUCUCAUGAGUCUUGUGCUGAAGAAGAGCUGGCUCAGACUUUUCUACACAAACUACUGAUGAUGAACUACAGAGCAAGAUACAUUACUGUUAAAAAGACCAAUGAGAAAAAUCACACUCAACCAGCCAUCUGUGAUUCAUCUAAACAUGAGGGUGAUUUUUUCAAAGUAAUGUCUUUGUCUAACAAGCAAUCAAGCAAAUCAGACCCUGUUCACUCAAUGGAUGUUCAGAUGGCCAUGUUUCAUUGUGCUGAUAGUUUCCUGAAGCAGCUGAUGGUGACUAAACUGUCUCAGUGUCAGUAUGCUCUGCCUCUGCUUGUACCUGAUCCAUUCACACAACACAUUGAGUUUCCUCUCUGGACAUUCAGACAAAUCAACAAGAGCUGGAAGACAUUUGAUGAUACAGGUAAAAUCAUCAGUAAAGUCCAGUCAGUCUGUAAGGCAGAAACUCCAAUGGUGUGUUUCUUCAGGUUUGGCUCAGUGUCCUCAUCCAAGUCUCAGCUGAUGAACAGUCUGAUCAAUGAGAAACACAACACGUUCUUCCACAGGAACUGCCCAGGCAGCAGCAGAACCAGAGUACUGAUGGAUGGAGUGGUGGAGAUCGCCUGGUACUGCCCGUCUGGAAAGAACACAGAUACAUUUACUGACUGUGUUGCGUUCUGUAAUCUACAUGGAGAUGCAGGAGACAAUGAGAAACAGCUGCAGAUCUUAACUCAAAUGUCCUCAGUCAAUGUUGUUAUUCUACCACAACUUGAAAGGAAUGACAAAAACAUGAUCAAAGUAAAAAAUCUCUACGAAGCUACAAAUCCACUCAUUUGCCUUUUUGCUGAAGAUGAAUCUACUGUCAUUGAAACACAUAAAGGAAAAUUCAAAAUUGGAUUGAAAGACCGAAACCAGGCAGAUGUGUCUGAUGAAAUCAGAAGUGCUAUAAAUGAUUGUCUCUCAUCUUCAGAAUCAUCUUCCAUUUUCAGACUUGAAGAUGUGUCCAAACACUCAAAUAUCAGAGUAGAUGAAGAUGAUGAUGAAGACUGCAGGAGAGGAAAAGAAGCAGCACAGCAGAUGAUGAGAUUACUGGAGAAUAAAGAUCUGACACAAAUCAAAGAAUCAUUUCUGCCCUGUCAGGGAAAACUGUGGCAUCAGUGGUGUCAGACGAACAAAGAACUACAUCGACCUCAAGGGGAUGAACUAGAAAUGGAGAUAAGCAGAAAGAAAACUGACAUGAAGAAAAUUCGUGAACAGCAGCAUGGAUCUGGCCUUAGUGACGCAAUGAAGCUCUUUAUUAUGGAAUUAUAUUCACAAGCUCAAAGGAUGAAUAGAAAUGAGAACAUAAUUAAGAUUUAUUUUCUGAAAUGGCUUGGAAUCCUCUUGGAUGAAUACACCUCAGACAGCCUUUCUGUUCUUCAUCACAAGUAUGAUGAAAAGUGGUCUUUGCUCAGGGUAUUGAAAGAGAGUAAUGAUAAAUCUAAGAUGACAGAUGAACAAAGAGAACUUGAGAGAAUAUCUGAGGAGCUUCAGGCCGCAACAUUUGGUUUGGAGCACAUCCUGAGAGAGAUCGGUCAGAUCUAUGAAUCAUGUUCAUCUGUGAAGAAGAACAAGGAAGGUCUGCAGUUUCACUUCUCUUCUCUCCCGAGUCUUGCAGCAGAGAUGAUGAUCUCUGGAUUUCCUCUGGAGCUGAUGGAUGGAGAUGCUGCUCAUGUUCCUCUGAUCUGGAUCUCUGCGGUUCUAGAUGAACUCAUCAGGAAACUGGGAGACCAGAGAGUGUUUGUGCUGUCAGUUUUAGGGGUUCAGAGCUCUGGGAAAUCCACCAUGUUGAAUGCCAUGUUUGGACUGCAGUUUGCCGUCAGUGCUGGCAGGUGCACCAGAGGAGCUUUCAUGCAGCUGGUCAGAGUGUCAGAGGAGAUGAGAAAGAUUAAACAGCUGAAGUUUGACUAUAUUCUGGUGGUUGAUACUCAGGGACUUCGUGCUCUAGAACUGACUGGAAGAUCAACGAGACAUCAUGACAAUGAACUGGCCACAUUUGUUGUGGGUCUUGGGCAUCUGACAUUGAUCAACAUCUUUGGAGAAAACUCCUCUGAGAUGCAGGACAUUCUUCAGAUUGUUGUUCAGGCCUUGCUGAGGAUGAAGAAGGUCAGACUGAAUCCCAGCUGCAUGUUUGUGCAUCAGAAUGUUUCAGACGUCACAGCUGGAGAGAAAAACAUGGAGGGAAGGAGACGACUGCAGGAGAAACUGGAUGAAAUGACAAAACUUGCUGCUAAAGAAGAAGUCAGUGAUGCAGAACGAUUCAGUGAUGUCAUUGAAUUUGAUCUACAGAAGGAUGUGAAGUAUUUUGCACAACUCUGGGAGGGCAGCCCACCAAUGGCACCACCAAACCCAAACUACUGUGAAAAUGUUCAAGAUCUAAAGAAAACUAUUAUUUCUCAUGCCUCAAAAUCAGAUGGCAUGAUGUUGACACAUCUGAAAGAUCGUAUUCAAGAUCUCUGGGAGGCUUUACUGAAUGAACGAUUUGUGUUCAGCUUCAGAAAUUCUCUGGAGAUUUCAGCAUACAGAAAACUGGAGACUGAAUACAGCAAGUGGACCUGGAGUCUCCGGAGGACCAUGCUGGAAAUUGAGAACAAACUACAAAACAAAAUAGAAAAUGAAACAAUUCAUGAGGUUGAUGAAGCACAUCUUCAAAGAGAACUGAAAGAGAAAGGUGAAGAAGUGAAAAACUCAAUGUCUGAGUUCUUUGAGAAAGACACUGAUGCUGAUGUAGUAAUUCAGUGGAAAGCUUCCUUUGAAAUCAAAAUUAAAGAGCUUCUAGAAAACAUUGUGAGAGAAACAAAGAGGAAAUUAAAUGAGAUUCUUCAACAGCGAGAUCUGAAGAAAGAGAUUGAUGCUCAGAAGACACAUCAUGAAAACACUCUCUUUGAAAAGAGCAAAACACUCGCCUUAACACUCAAAGACAAAGCAAAAGAUGAAGAAACACUGAAGAAAGAGUUUGAUUGCUUUUGGGAACAGCAUGUGAAGAAGAUCAUCAGAGACACUCCUCAAAUCAAAGACAUUGACAUAUUAAGAGAUGUGAAAAAACUCCUCAGUGACAUCUAUGAAAGUGCUCCUGUAGAUCACUGGACAGAGAACAGGGAUAUUUUCUGUGUGCCGAGUUAUUCAGAUUAUGUACAGUUAAAGAAAUCCAGUGGAAUUACAGGACAUGUUAUAAAUCUCUACAGAGGAGCAAAAGAGAAGUUUGGUGUUGCUCUGUCUAAAGAGGAUAAAACACAAAUAAGAUCGUUAGUCUGUGAAAUUGCUCAUGAGACAGACAAAAAGAUCCAGUCAUUUAACAUUUCAAAGAUGGGCUACAACAAAAGCUACAUUCAAGAACUCACAGACUAUAUAAAGUCAAGACUCAUUGAUCAUCAGGAAGGACCAGUGAAAUAUGUGUUCAAGAAUGAAUUCUUCAUGGAUUUGGUGUUUUCUAUCUGUAAGAGAUCAAACAAGACAUUCACUGACCAACACAGACUGUUCAGAGAAGCCAAUGAUCCUGUUCUCUACAUGGAGAAGAAGAGAGGAGAGUACUUCAGUGUUUUCCAGAAAUAUUGUAAAGGUGCAUCAUCAGCUGCUGUUUUUGGUGAGAUCAUCUGUCAGAAACUGAAAGAUCCCAUUAAACAGAGUGUCUACAAAAACACUGCCAGAGAUUUAGCAGAUGAAAUGAGAACAAACUGUGAAUCACUGAAUGGAAACAGAUCUAAACUAGAGAAACACAUCCUGAAGACACUGGCAGAAGAGGAGAACUUUGACAAAUACAUGAACUACAUUCAGAAUCCCAGAGAUCACUUCAAGAGUUUCAUCAGAGCUGAAGUCAGUCAGUACAUCACUGAUAAGUUCAGUGUCAGUGUUCGGCCCAAGAUGAUGAAGAACAUGAAACUCCUGCAGCAGAAGAUCAUGAACGCAGCUCAUGAAUCUACUGAACAUGUUCAAGUGAACAGUGGAGAUGUUGAAGCUGCUCAUGAAUCUACUGAACAUGUUCAAGUGAACAAUGGAGAUGAUGAAGCAGCUCAUGAAUCUACUGAACAUGUUCAAGUGAACAGUGGAGAUGAUGAAGCAGCUCAUGAAUCUACUGAACAUGUUCAAGUGAACAGUGGAGAUGUUGAAGCAGCUCAUGAAUCUACUGAACAUGUUCAAGUGAACAGUGGAGAUGUUGAAUCGGCUCAUGAAUCCACUGAACAUGUUCAAGUGAACAGUGGAGAUGUUGAAGCAGCUCAUGAAUCUACUGAACAUGUUCAAGUGAACAGUGGAGAUGUUGAAGCAGCUCAUGAAUCUACUGAACAUGUUCAAGUGAACAGUGGAGAUGUUGAAGCGGCUCAUGAAUCUACUGAACAUGUUCAAGUGAACAGUGGAGAUGAUGAAGCGGCUCAUGAAUCUACUGAACAUGUUCAAGUGAACAGUGGAGAUGUUGAAGCGGCUCAUGAAUCUACUGAACAUGUUCAAGUGAACAGUGGAGAUGUUGAAGCGGCUCAUGAAUCUACUGAACAUGUUCAAGUGAACAGUGGAGAUGUUGAAGCGGCUCAUGAAUCUACUGAACAUGUUCAAGUGAACAGUGGAGAUGAUGAAGCGGCUCAUGAAUCUACUGAACAUGUUCAAGUGAACAGUGGAGAUGAUGAAGCAGCUCAUGAAUCCACUGAACAUGUUCAAGUGAACAGUGGAAAUGUUGAUUUGUGGUUGAAGUGUUUCACACAGAAGCUCUCAGAUGUGCUGAUAUUCUCUGUAAAAGACUUCAGUGGAGUGAGUCAUGAUGGUGUUGAUGAUUUCAAACUUCUAGAAGAUGUGAUGAGAAAGGAACUUCCUCCAGUAAUAUCUGACAUAAGCAGUGAAUUCAGUACAGAGACUUUUCCAGUAAAUCUGGACCACAAGUACAGGUCAGAUGAGAUCCUUAAUCAUCAUUUCUGUAAGUGCUGUUGGGCUCAGUGUCCUUUCUGUGCAGCCAUCUGCACCAACACAAUAGAAGACCAUGAAGGAGAUCACAGUGUUCCUUUCCAUCGUUAUGUUGGACUAAAUGGGAUGAUUUACCAGCGUACAACACACUUGUGUAUAAGCAUUUGCACAUCAGCAGUAGCAAGUGAUCGAUCUUUUUGUUCAAAUGUCUCAGAUACAGUCCUCUGGAGAGAAUACAGAAAAGCAGGAGGAGAUUAUGCAAAAUGGAGCAUCACCGCUGACUUCUCUGAGCUGCCGUACUGGAAGUGGGUUGUGUGCAGAUUCCAGAAAGAUCUGGAAAAAUACUAUAUGAAAGCAUUUGAGGGGAAUGGUGAGAUUCCACAAGAAUGGAGAGAAUAUUCAAAAAAAGAGGCCAUUGAGAGUUUGGACAAAUACAUCUAAUUAGACUCUUAUAAGUGUCUGAUUCAAAGAAAUUACAGUACUGUGCAAAUUUAACCUUUAGCAAAUAGAAAAGAAGCAAAUAGAACAGAUGUUAUGGCCCCCGCAGAGCCCCCCACUGAACAUCGAGUCAGUCUGAGAUUACAGGAAGAGACAGAAGCAAUUGAGACAUAAAACUGUUUAUGGCUGUCACUGUUCUGGUAAGCCAGCAGGUUUGUUUUGUUAUUUUCUCUCCUUCAUGUUUCGCAAGUGCCCUCGACUGGCAUAAUCAGGGUUUCCAUUCAUUGUUCUCAGGGUGGCACCGAUCAUGGUGGCACUGAUUGCACUCCCUACAUUAGCGCUCAUGUUUCUCUGAUUCUAUGCAGGAUUAUUAAUCUAUGUUGAGUACUAUCCUCACUCUCCUAGUAUAGCUGGUCCUGUUUUGUCAUUCUGUUGUUCGGGUUGUGGUUUGCCUUCCAGUCUUCGCUGAGUUCAGCCUGACAAUCCACAAAAGAAUUCCGGUCUAUGACCGCGUGCCGGGGAUCAACAGAUCAGCUGUUGCUAUUAUUGUCCGCUGGACACCUACUCCUCGCCAAGCUUCUACAGAGGAUUUUGCCAAGCUCCUCCUGACAUCCACGACGCACACACUCCACUGACGCACACACUACUCUCUGCGUGAAGGUGCAUUAAUGACUUUGUGACUUCUGCUCUUUGGUCUUUUUGUCCUGCACUUAACGUUACAAUGGCAUUACUUCUGAAGACAUCCUCACUGUGUAACCUAAAACUUUUGCACAGUACUGUAGAUGAUUUAUCUAAUAGUUACAUAAAAUGAGUUUCUAUUCCACAUUUUAUUAAGCUCUAUCAAUAUCUCUUGUUUCAAUGACAAUGUGAUUUAGUCAUUACCAGUGCACGCUAUUUGAAGUGAUUUUAUCAUUUAGAGGGCUUACGUAUAGCUAGUUAGUUUUCUCACUAAAAAGCGCGAUUUUAGCUAUAUAUUUUUUGAGUGUUAUCAGUUGCUCUAUUUGCUACGAGUGACCAAUUGGUUUCAGGGCCAUAACCACAAUAGACAAUGUGAUUAGGGGAAUAAUAUUGUAGAUAAUAUUGUCGCUGUCCUGUGUAGUCCAUUACGCACUACAGUCUAAUUGUCAUUAAAUUGUUGCAAGGAUUACACAAUGGUUUAAUUUAAGUGUGCUCCACAUUAGCCCAAGUCAGCAGUUCAGUUUAAGAGUGUCAUUCUAAGAGUUAAAUAGCUACACUCUUUGACAUUAAACUAUUUGCCCAUUAUUUUACGAUAGAAAUGACUGACUGACAGUAAUUUCCAAGGAUGCAAUUUGUUUUAUCUUUUGUGAAAUUCACACAUAUUCUGUAUUUUAUUUUAUGUCACAUUGUGAAUGUUAAAAGAUAACAUUAACAAGCAGUUUUCAGCCUAUCAGGCAUAAUACAAUGAGUAAAUGUGUGCAUAUUAUGAAUUCAUUAUAUUGAUGUGGUUAUGAAAUUGGCUUUCAGAUUUAUGAAUCAUUUUCUUAGACAGUUCUUCUUUUCUCAAAGAACGAGUGUUUCACUCUCAGACUUCAUUGUGUUUUUAGGUUGUGGGAAUGACUGUGUCCUAUUUUAUUUUAAUGAAAAUUAAACAUAUUAAUGUAAAUGCAAUUCAAACCUUUAAUUUCACGGGGUGGCCAAUGGUGAGAAGACAACAGUCAGUCAGGUGAGGAUGAGUACGGAAACAGAAGAUGUCUCUCAUUAUCAGUCGUUGGAUGGGAUUUUGUUUCCUUAACACUUAUAUGCAAACAUGAAAGCAUUUUUAUGGGAAUCAUACAAUUAUUAAUAUUUCAUUAUUUCUAUAUCAACUUGCUUUUGCUUGUGUUUACAUUAUGUCUGAUUUCACAAUUAAAGUCUAU